UGAGAGUAGUGAGAAUGAACAAACAGUUACACACAGGAUUAAACAACUUUUAUUCUGAUUUUAGGAUUUUGAAUUGAGUAAUCCGGAUUCGAUAAAAAGAAAAGUAAAAAGUUAACUGGAGCAUUUUGGGGCCGAACUAAAAUAUAACUUGUCUCCACAUAAAAUUAAUCUCGUGUUUACGCAAAAGUAAUCGAUCUUAUCAGCAUUACUAAUACAAUUAUUAUUAUUAAUGUAAACAAUCUUACUUGCGUUGAAAUCACUUUUAUCAUCGGAAGCAAAAAACGAAGAGAGAGAGAGAGAGAGAGAGAGAGAGUGAAAGAGAGAGAGAGAAAAAAAAAGUUUUGGUUAUUCUUAGAUAAAUACAACGUAAAAAAAAUUCUGUAGAUUUCUAAAGUCCAUCAUACUUACACACACUUAUGCAGAUGCAGAAACACAAGCAUACACACACAAGCACGAUUAUAUACAAUAUAUAGAUUGAUAUUUGAGUAAGGGGUGUGAGUUGGUAUUAAAAAUUAUAAAACUAUUACAUUUAGCAGGAAUAAUUGUAUAUAAAAAUUGAUAGAUACAUAGGGUGUGUGUGUGUAUGGGUGUGUGUAUGUGUGUCUGUGUGUGUGUGUAUGAAUGUAUGUGUUAAAAGGAAAAUUAAAUCGCACUAAUAUCACCUUAACAAUAAUUUCUUACAUGUAAAUAAUCGUAAUAUAUAAAUCAGUUCAAUAAUUGAGCUGAUUUAAUCAAGCUUCUUUCUCCCAAAUUUCCAGACUUUGAAAUUAUUAUUUUUACUAUCAUUGUUGCUGUUGCUACUUUUGCUGCCGCCGUUCUUCUUUUAGAAGUUCUCGCAUCAUUUCAACGGCACAGAUAUACGGAGACUCACACAGACACACAGACAUAAACAGACACAAUCACGCUCAUAUCGGAGCGCGCGCACAUACAAAUAUAUUUUAUUGGCCUUUAAUAUAUAAUCACUGCUUAUUAGAGUUGGAUCGAUAAGUAGCGAAUCAAUAUUUAAAAGUUUGGAAGCAUUGUAUCAUUACAAAUUGGCAUUCUUUAAAGCUACAACUUUUCUCGAUGUUUGACACCAAUAAUAUAUUGAAUAUCUUGGCGACCGAAGUAUUUGUUUUUCGGCUUCAAGAAUGAAGUUACCAUAUAAAGGUUCUGACAGUUAUGAAAACUAACCCAAAGAGAUUUUCACUUUUCAUACUUUUCAAAACAUCAUCAUAAACAUUUGAGCAUUAUUUGAAAAAAAAACGUGCAAAAGACACAGCGAAAUACCUUGGAUAAUAAAAAAAUAACGGCUUCGUUAUAGAAAGUUAACAAUGGAGGAAAAUGAUGCUUUGUACUCUGAUUUUGAUAACUAUACUGACCAAAUAACCGACUCUGUUAUAUCCAGUAUAAAUGGAAGUAAUAUAACACACCAUAUAAUUACUUACCCUUUGUUAAAGCAACAACUUCACAAUAUUAUAAUUUACUCAGUGGCUUAUGGAACAGUGUUUCUUUUUGCUUUCAUUGGUAAUAUUUUUGUGAUUGCCACGGUAUGUCGAAACAGGAAUAUGCACACAGUAACAAAUUAUUUCCUUGUCAAUCUUGCUGUAGCUGACAUUUUAGUUGCUGUGUUUUGUUUACCAAUGACACUUUUAGACAACCUCUUUAGCGGUUGGCCAUUUGGAGCUAUUCUGUGCAAAGCCACACCCUAUUUGCAAGGGGUCUCAGUAUGUGCAUCAGUCAAUACAUUAGCAGCCAUCGCCAUUGACAGAUACUUAGCUAUAUGCUACACCUUACAGUUCAAAAUAUCAUCAACUGUUUCACGAGUUAUUAUUGUAUCUACUUGGAUAUUUGCACUUCUUGUAAUGAUACCGUGGGCUGUAUUCUAUAGGCAAAUUCCACACAGUAAUGUAUUCGUUUGUUUCCCCGAUUGGCCAGAUGUGGAAACAGGAAAAGCAUUUUUCCUUGCAGCUAUCUUCCUUUGUUGUUAUACUAUACCUUUGUUAUUAAUCAUUUUGUGUUAUAUCUUAAUUGGUCUGCGCGUGUGGAACAGAGAUUCUCCAGGAUUAUGUGACAAAUCUCAGGUAAUUAUGAAGUCAAAAAUCAAGGUGGUCAAAAUGCUUGUUGUGGUUGUGCUGCUCUUUGGACUAUCUUGGUUACCAAUAUACACCAUACAACUCUGCGUCUAUUUCAUACCGAAUUUAGAAAGCACGACACUAUUAAAUCAAGUUAUCGUCCCGAUAGCUCAAUGGCUUGGACUUGCAAAUAGUGGAACAAAUCCAGUUAUAUAUUGCUUUUUCAGCAAUAAAUUCCAGCAGAGUUUAAAAAAUAUGAUCAUGUGUCAGAAAAAGAGAUAUAGCGGUGAGCAGAGAAAUGCCACAACAAAAUACAUGACAGUUGAGUACGCAAGUGGCCAGGUUACGAUGUCUGUAAAGAAGUCUGCAGCACGUAGUGAUGAUCCUAUAUAAAAUUCCUCAUUGUACAUGAUCCUAUACAAAAGGAAAACCAUAUCAAUGUCAUAGAAACGACGCUACAUUAACUAUAUGAGUUUAGUUGUAAUUUCCUUCCGUCAAUGCAGGAAAUUACAAGUUCUUUUCACUGAAAAAAAACCUCCAAUAUGUGGAAAAUAUCACUCACUAAUUAACAAUCUUCAACACAAGUAUUAUACAUUCUGUGAAGACAAAUUCAGCAGCUAAUAUUCUAACUAAACUAUCUCAAAACUAAGUAUUACACUUGAUAUUCAACAUGUUUUUCCGUUUUUUUUUAGCAUUUUUCGUUGUUUUGUGUUUCCAUUUAUCUUUUCUUCUGAAACUAUUGAAGUAUUGCGAAAUUUUAGUGAAGCAAAUGAAGUGGCUACUAGUGAUAAUUAUUUUAUAUUCAUUUAUCGUGGUUUCUUCUUUUGUUUGUUUUACAAAUCCAAAAUAAUUUGGAAACUUUGUAAAUAAAUUUCUGUAAU